AUGAUAAUAUAUAUAUAUAUUAUAUCUUUCUUUCUUUUCUCUUUCAUUCUCUUUUAUCUUUUCUCUCUCUUUCUCUUUUACUCUCUCUUUCUCUUUUCUCUGUCUUUCUCUUCUGUCUUUUUCCCUCUUCUCUCUCUCUCUUUCUCUUUCUUUCUUUUUCUAUCGCCUCCUCCUCUCUCUCCCUCGUUUGUCUAUCUUCCAUCUCUCUUCCCUUCUCUCUUUUUCUUUUUCUCUCUCUUCUCCCACUUCUCUCUCUCUGUCUCUCUCUCUCAUUUUCUCUUGCGUUCUCUUCCCUCUCUCUUUCUCCUUUCUCCCACUCUAUCUCUCUCUCGCUUUCCUCUUUUCUAUUUCUCUUUUUUCUCUCUGUUCCUUCUCUUACUCUUUUCUCUCGUUUUUUCUCUUUUCUCUCUCUCUCUCUCUCUCUCUUUUCUCUCUCUAUUACGCUUGUCUCCUUUCUCCCCCUCUCUCUCUCUCUUUCUAUUUUAUUUUUCUUUAUUAUCUCUCUGUUUUUCUUCCCUCUCUAAUGUCGCUCUCUCUUUUUCUGUCUCUCUCUCACUUUCUGACAUUUUCUCUCUCUCUCUCUCUUUCUCUUUCUUCUCUCUAAGUCUCUCUCUAUUCUAG